GAUUCUGAACAGGAAUGUGAUAACAGACUGCAUCAACUCGUAUCAAAUAAACGAUAAAACGUUGAAACAGAUCCACACCUCUCCGCCGUCCAUAGUUAGUGUUUAUCUCAAUCAUCUCGUUCUAGCCAGACAUACAGAAAGGUAAACAUCGUACCAUUCAAUACCAUUCCACAAAAUAACACCAACUUAUAGAACAACCGAGAUUCUGGACGUUGUAGUUGAAACUGUUGUUUAGUGUUCUUUGGUUAUUGACACAGUAAAUAUUCAGUUGUAGAGUUUAAGUAUUUAUCUGCUGGUGACAGAGACAUUUUGAAAAUGGCAAUGGACAGAAUACUAAAAGACUUAAAAGAACCAAUGGAUAAAAGUUUCAUUUCAAGGAAUGGUUAGGAUUCACUUCAAGAGAUUAUCGGCAGAGAUCAACUCGACAAGUGAAAGGUACAUAACUGACAUUGAUUCCAAAUAAAUUAUGGCAACCAUCUUAAUUCGAAGCUUUGCUUUGAGUCUAUUUCUGGUGUGUUCGUUUUCUAAAAGUAUCUAUCACCGCUCGGAUGUAAGGAACCUUGUCACUUGCUAUUCCGUGUUGUCAGAGAGACUUGGCAGCGUAACGUUAGACUUGAGAAAACGUAAUCACGAUCAGUGUGUUUGGGAAAUAAAUGUGGAGUCAGCAAUCUCACUCAGUGUGUACAUUCGAUCUCUCGGGAGAAUGGCGUCAUCGAAAUUUGUGGACGUUUCUCUUUACAACCAGCACCCGGCCACGACGAAUCAAAUUCCUCUUUUAGUUUGGAAAGGCAAAGAGGAGAUUGACUUUGCUGAAACAUUUGAUACAAGUCAGUUGUGGAUAGUCGUACACUGUUCAAAUGCAGAAGCUGCGGAGUUUAACAUUGUUUUGGACUAUGUCGCGCAUACAGUAAACAAUAUCAGCACAUGUACUUUAAAUUUAGAUACGCACUCCAUAUCUGGGAGGCUAAAUUUCAAAAGUUCGUCUUUGGGGUCAAAAGCUCGAUUGAAAUGCCACCCAGGGUAUAUAAUGAUAAAUGGUAAUGGUGAUUUGGAAUGUAAGGUUGAAAAUGGUCAGUUGGUUUGGUCAGGGGACAACGCUAUUUGUGAUAGCGGAUGUAAGCACCCAAGGUCUGUCCAGCACGCUACCUAUGAGAUCGAAUAUUCCAAAGCAUACAUUGAUAUGCCACAUGGUGGAAAAAGUAGUUCCGUCGUAAAAUAUUCAUGCAGCAGCUUGUACCAAAUGAUAGGAGAAGGAGUCACUCGUUGCCAGCAUGACAUCAAUGGUCUUCCUAAAUGGUCUCACCCUCCGCCAUUGUGUCUAGAACAAGACUGCUCCAGUACGUAUACCCUCACCUCUAAGGCCGGUACAAUUUUCAGCCCUAAGUCUACAGGAGGUGGUCUGAAAGGAGGAUCUCUGAACUGCAAGUGGGAGAUUCUGGCCCACAACAGUGACAUCAGUGUCAAGGUCAUGUAUUCUGACCUUCCAUUGGGCGACGGGGUUAAUCUCGUAGUAUCAGACGCAGAGUCUCGACCCUUGCUUACGUUGUCUGGAACAACUUCCGGUGUUCGAAAUGUCAGAAGCGGCUCUUUGAAACUAACCGUCAUGUACAUCGGACCCAAGGAGGACGUCGAAAAUCACCCUGGAUUUCUUCUGGAAUAUUUACUUGUACCUCAGAAAGCCAGAAACAGACGCGCGAUAGAAGCCUUGGCAGGUCCCAGUAGUACUGACUUAAGCACUGUCAGCACAGAUGUAACUACAGAUGAUGUUUCUGCGGGCCAAGAAUCUACAUUUUCAACGAUACUACAGAUUUCAGCAGUGCCUACUCAGACAACACCCGUUGUCUCACCCAGUACUUCCGUUGUACAGUCUCCCAUGACAACCCAGGCCAACUCACCAAGUACUUCAACACAACAGCCUUUUAUUGCGCCCUUAACGACCUCUACUAUUUCACCCGCAUUACAGACUUCUGAUACACCAUCGUUCCAAACUGAUGUUUUAGAGACCACCAAUAAGCGCACUGACAUUAUACAACCAACUGAAUACAUCCCAGACAUUACUGCUUUAGUAAAUAACGAUUCGUCUUCACCACUCUUUCUCUCUAGUUCGACGACGGUAGAAACCAAUAGUACAGACAACACAAUACUUAUUAACACGGGCGCGGUCAUUUUGGCUGACAUAAAUACCACUCUGGCUACUGAAAAUUCAGAAAGCUCCGGUGACGGCUGGAAAAUUGCAUUGGGAAUAAUAAUGUCUAUCAUUGGCAUCUGUUUGAUCGCAUUGGGUGGCUACAUUUUCUACAGGAAGAGAUACCCUGUCAGGAUGAUCAUUGGAAGGGAAUUCGGCAAGUUCAGCAACCCGAUCUACGACCGCAGCAGACGACCAGUCAGUCUAGUUGUGGAGGAUGCGGAUGAAUAUUUUGCGAGGAAUACAGGCGCAGUUACUCCUGACGAUCUGAACCCAGUGAAUCAAAAUUUUCACUACGUUAACCAGGCCUUUGUUAACGAGGAGGAUGAUGAAGAAAAAGACCGAAAAUUUAUCCAAAAGAAGCAAUGGAUGUUUUCUAAACAGGACGAGACCCUCUCUUCUAGGCCGCUGUCGGAGAUCACAUUAAGCUCCUAUAGUUCUGAGGGAAAUGAUAAUUCUGACGGGAAACCACCUCCGAAGUCGGACAGCACCGAUUCCAUGGACAAAGAAAUGGAGCGUCUACUGUCCAAGCAGCAGCGUACUCCUAGAAUAAAGCCAAAACGAAAGAAACUGCAGGCUCGUUUAUCGAGUUCAAGUAUUGAGACAUUAAGUGACACCGCGUCGAUAUCAGAAUCUUUAGACCUCCAAGAAGGGCAGUUGAGCAGCAUUGACACGGCUAGUCAAGAUCAUGAGAUAACAUCAGAAACAUACAACCAGAAACUAGAAGAAAGUAACGAUACAGCAGAGUCUAACAUAAACAAGGGAAGCAACUAUAUGAGAAUAGUGAAACUAAUUUUUGAACAGCCGAGCUUUGAGGAAGUAUGUGCCGAGGCAAGGUCGAGGUCAAGGUCGCUAACUUUCGAACCGAAUUUACCAGAAAAAAGAAUGAGAAGCUACAGUGUUGACCCAUUUAAAUCUGCCCGCAAGUCGUCGUUUACUGGUGCGCCAGAAAAUGUCCAAACAGUCCUCGAAGAUAUCCACCAAGUAACAGUUGAGAUGCUGGGGAGGUCAACUACCUCUAUCUCUUCCAUCAUAAGCGAAAGCUCGAUCAUUGAUGAAAGCAUGCUGGAAGGUCUUCCAGAAACUGCUAGAGAACGAUGCUUAUCCAUGACAUCACAGAACAGCAAUCGACAUCUGGUCACUGAUUUAGAUACAGAUAGCAUCGGAGGAAGUAGCCAUAAGAGUGACCUGAACACAAAUGACUCCCCGUUGUCCGAAUCUAAGCAAAGUGUGGAGGAUACCUUAAGGUUGCAAAUAACGUCAGAAAAUAUGAAUGGCUCUAUAGUCAAUGACAUUAGUAGAGAUGAAGACUUUACUGAAGAAGAUGAAGAUGAAGAAGAAGAUGUGGCGCCCUGUCUUACUGAAAGAACGGACUAUGAAUCUGCUGACGUGCAAAAAAUGCCGUCACUUGAUGACAUGGAGGUGCCAGAAACAUCUAAGUUAGUUCAGAUUGAUGAGGUAGAUGAUGAGAAGUAUCACCUAGAAAAACAAUAUUCUAUAGAUUUGUCCAUUAGUUCACGAAGCAGCAGUCUCUCUGUGUCCAGUGGUCAGUCAGUGUCCACGAUAACUGACUCUGAAAGUGGUGAUCACAUGUCGUACAGCUUUGAAAAUACCGGACUGACAGGCGCAAUAGAAACUGAAAGAAAUGAAUCACAACAAAUAGUUGAAGAAACAAGUUCUGUAUUACUCCCAGAGCGAGAACCUGUACAUGUGUCUUUCUCUGAAUUGCCUCCACCACUUUCACCCUCACCAAUUCCUUCAACUGAAGAUUCUGUGGUUUUCAACCGUUUUCUUUCAAGUGAACUAGCUCCGGAAAUUUCUGCAAAGAUUCCGUCAAUCACAAGGCUGGAAAUUUCAGAAAGUUCAAGCGACACUUCUGACGUAGAAAGGCCUCGAGUGACACUCUCUCCCACUGCAGUACAAAUGGAGCAGUCUCUAGACAGCCUCUCAUCUAGCGACGACGAAGACGCUGCUCACAAGAGGGCAAAGCUGACAGUCGAAGACAUUGCCGAUGUUCUGGAUGUCAUCAGCGACUCUGAGAGCGGGACUCAUGAGGAGAUAAAAGUUUCCAAACCAACGGAUGCAAACGCUGACAUCUACGCUGACAUCGUAGAGAAUGACGCAUUGAUUCUCCAGAGCGAUGCGAGUGUGGAUGACAUUGAUGUAUAAAAGCUUCACUUUAUCUAGACCACCGGUUUAUUGUUUUUAAAUUGUUUGUAUAAACAACAAAUUGUAUAAAUUUAUUAGUGAAGCAGAAACAAUUUUUUUUUGAAGUUUGGAACAAUUCAUAACUACAUCUCCAUCAUAUAAUUUUCAAAUGUUUUAUACAAUCAUUUACAGAUUUUAUAUCUCCUAGCUUCUGACACAUUAACCUGCCAUCUUCAUAAUAAGCUGUGCUUUAACAGAUUGUUGGAUUAAAUUAUAACAAAAUACUCCGAGAACUCCUAUUAGAAAAUUUAAUGUGGCCAAUUUUUUAAAAUAUAUUUAUAGUGUUGUCAUUGUAUUGUAGGCCCUACGCUUGCCAAAUAUUUAAAAAUCUUUUUUUUAGAUUAACUUUUUAAAAAAUAUUGAUCUUAGAAGUUCCUAAUAGAUGUGUAUAAUACAACAAUUGGUAGAGAAUAAGAAAGUAAUUACUGUAUGUCUAUAUAGAGGCUGGUGGAUGGCGAGUCAGUACAAAUGAUGGUCUGGCAAUGAAAUGGUUCUUUUGAAUUCUGUGAAGACAUUUAAGUCAUUGUGCUAGCCACGCUACGCCUUUGGGAAGAGUUGAUCACGAGAAGAAUGGUGUAAUGUGGGCUACUUCUUCUUCACUGUGAAUAGAUUGAGAUAGUUAAAAUAUAGUUCCACGGUGAAACAUUUCUUUAACUUCAUCCUAGUCUUUAGUUCUUUCAGUGUGUGAGGGAAGGGGGGUGAGGGUCUACAGACUUCAUCAACCCAGUGCGUACAUUUUCUAAAGUAAAAAAUCAGCCACUGAAAUGUUUCUAAGAGAUCGAUUUAAAAAAAAAACAGUUUCUCUGUUUACAAGGAAUUUUUUGAAGUUUUAUUCUUGUUUACAAAACAGACGAACAAAAUGUAAAAAAAGGGAGUGAAGGGAGAGAGAAGGAAAAAAAAUAAGGAGGAAACAAAGGGGGGGGGGUAAAUUUAAUUAAACGAUUUUUAAAAAGUGAUUUUCAAUUUCUUGAGUCCAAACCUCUCUCUCUCUUACUCUCUCUCUUAGAAAGUUAUUUCAUUUUGCGUAAUUCCAACUCUCGAACUAGUCAAACACACACACGCACAUGUUAGAAAGCAGCAUCGGCUGACCACUGUGGUGAGUGCUGACUAGAUCUAAAUCUCCUUAGGUCAGUAGCAAGCCUACUGAGACGAAGUGCCAUACAUACUGCCGGCUAGUGGCACAAAAUGUAGGCCUACUCUGUAGAUUAUUGUGUGAAUGGCCAACUGGCAUAGUGCAAUAUUUUUUGUUUACUACUUUGUGCUGUUAGAUCAUUUCAUGCUUUUAUACAACGAAAUCGUAAACAUUUAUUUGCUGUGUUAUUUUUCUAUUUAUUUAUUGACACAUGUGACCUGAAUUAAAGGUGUUUUGUAUUUUUUAUUUUGCUUUAUGCACAGUUUUUGUGUGCAUUUUUAUUUUGUGUUGGUAAACUUUCAAUGGUAAAGAAACACUUUUAAAUCAUUAUCUAAAUAUGAAGAAUUUCAACGGAAUGCAAUCAUCUUUUUAAAAAAAAAAAAUCAAAAUCAAAUUCAACUCUCAAACUUGUUUGUUUCCAGCCUGACUAUGUCUAGACGUGUAUGUUGUGUACUUUUUUAUAUAUAUAUUUUUUUAAUAUUUUUUCAGCCAUACUAAUAUUGAAUAAAUGUUACAUACACAAUAAAAAUAAAGAUUUUCUGUUUGAUGCCAACAUGAA